AUGAUAUCCUGGAAGCGUGUCGUAACGCUCGCGCUGCUCGGUACACGAGCCGUAAAGGCUCAGAAAUACCUGGGCAGAGCUGCUAUCGCACUGAUCAAGCUCCCCGCCGCCUCCGAGUCCCCGGACGGCGAGUAUCGCGGCAUGAUCCUCGUCAACCCGGGAGGACCUGGCGCUUCUGGCGUUGAACUGGCCUUGUACAAUGGUUCCACUAUCCAAUCUGUGGCCGGCUCAAAUUACGACGUCGUAGGCAUUGACCCCCGAGGCGUCGGACUCACUGAGCCGCGACCCAACUGUUCCGCAGGCAUACUGCUGCCCCGGGACGAAGUUCUUUCUCGACGAGAUGUCCCUCGGUUCGUCGAUAGGUACUACCAGGAGUUCAUCGACUUUGGCAAGGAGCUCGGCGAGCGAUGCCAGGCACAGGCCGGUGCCGAUACCGAAGCCGGUCCGCACAUGACCAGCGCGGUCACCGCUCGCGACAUGGUCAGCGUCGUGGACACCUUUGCUGCAACUCCCGACGGCGAGCGUGCAGCUCUGAACUCCAGCCUGCUGAACUACUACGGCAUCAGCUACGGUACGUUCCUGGGCCAGACGUUCGCGUCCAUGUUUCCCGACAGAGUCGGUCACCUCGCCAUCGACGGACAAGUUAGCCCGGAGGGGUUCCAGUCAAACUUCACUUCGAACAGCGUCAACCACAUCGACGGCGUUUUCGGGGCCUUCUUCGUGUACUGCCACGCCGCCGGGCCUGCCUGUACCUUUUACAGUGGAAGCACGGCGAUGGACAUCUUCGAGAGGUGGAACGCUUCGUUCGUGCAGCUCGAGGCACGAAGGGCAGAGGUCGAAGGCUGGUCGAACGCCACGGAGAUCGCCUCGGCACUGGAAACAUUAAAAUAUGUCAUUCUCGACGCGGCGGUUGGGCCGAUGGGCGGGUUCGUCAGGGCUGCGGAUGCCUUCGUAGACUUGGAGAAGGCUCUUGCGUCGGGCUCUCUUUCAACUUGGACAGAGAAUACCAACCUGGUGUUUAACUUCAGGGGCAUCGAGGGUUAUUCAAGUGGGAACCCCGAACAAUCUCUUGGUGUCAUAUGCUCGGACCAGAGCAAUGUUUUGUACGGGAAGUCGCUGGAGGAUAUUCAACCUCUCAUCCUCGACCUACAAGACCAAAGCAUUGUUGGAGAUAUCUGGACGACGGCGAUGCUUGGGUGCCUCGGAUGGCCUAUCAAAUCCAACGACGUGUUCCGCGGGCCGUAUGGGGGCAACACCUCCCACCCGCUACUAUUCAUCAGCAACACUUUCGAUCCCACCACACCCAUCGACAACGCCAUCGCAAGUAUCCCGAACUAUGUCAACGCUCGGAGUCUCACUGUCGACAACAUGGGUCAUAGCGUUGCAGCAUCCGGGGCCAACUUCUGUGCCUACGGCGCCAUUCGAUCCUACUUCCAGGAUACAAUGUGUGGCAAGGAGCACUACUGCCCAGUUGAAACAGGACCGUUUGGCGUUUUGCUGAACGGCACCAUCCAGCAGAACCUGGAAGCGGCAGGGCUCUCCAACCUACGCAGCUUGUACUGA